AGAUCGUUUCUUGACUGAAAACUGAUCAUGUCGACUGAUCCAACUCCACCACAACUCACGAGACGCACUGCAAAGGUUUCAAUUGAUAAUCAGACUGGAAGUCACUUCAAGUUUCAAGUGACACAUAAAUACACUGGAUGGGAUGCGGAUAAGUCUGAUGUUGUGAUGUUCCAGCCUGAUGAAGUCAAGGAAAUCUUCAAAAGUGUCGCCUAUAACACUGGAUUCUUGACAACUGGAGUUGACAAUUGGCUAGUGGAUGGUACGAUGGUUCAGGAGAGAACUGAAGUGGAUAACAAAGGUCACCAAAUCGGAAAGAAAUCCUACAUAGAGCAUGCGAAAUUCAUCAGUGACUCGAGAUCAUGGAAGCAGCAUAUGCUAACAGCUGAAGAUGACGGAAAAACUACCACGAUCCGUGUUUUCCCAACCGAAAUUCACUUCAUCUCUCCAAGUGGGGAAUCGACUACCACUUUCACUAAAUAUUGA